UCCAAUCUGCCGGCUGACAACAUACAGACAGACAGAGAGACAGACAGCUCGUCUGCUGCCGCAGAGCCUCUCGCGUCGGUGGGUCCGGUUGUCGCCAUGGGAACGGUGCUCUCUCUGUCUCCAGGCUCGGGGAAAGCUCGAGCCCCAGAGCAGCGCGUGAAGGAGGAGGAGAAGAAGAAGAAGAAGAGGCACCCGGUGCUGCUGCACGCGCUCAGAUGGAAGCAGCGUCUGCUGGCGGCGCGGGCCAAGAGGAAGGGCGGGAAGAAGGUGAACCCAGACGAGUUCGUGCACACGCACAUGCAGCGCCACACGGACAGCCGCCACCGAGCGCUGAAGGCCGGACACAGACCUGGACCCAUCCCGGUGCCCGUCCCAACCGUCCCGGGAUUCAACCAGAACCAGAACCAGGGGAGCCUCUCCCCACCCAGGGUGGUGGUACAGGCAUCUACAGGCGAGCUCCUUCGUUGUCUCUCUGACUUCCUGUGUCGCCGUUGUGUCAAACUGAAGGAGCUGUCGUCCAAUCAGAUCGUCCUGUGGUUCAGAAACGUAGACAGAGCGCUGCUGGUCCAAGGCUGGCAGGACCAGGUCUUCACCAGUCCUGCCAGUCUGGUCUUUGUGUACCUGCUGUGCCGGGCAGCAGUAGACGAGGACACGUCUUCGGAGCAGGAGCUGCACUCCGUCUUCCUCACCUGUCUCUACCUGAGCUACUCGUACCUGGGCAGUGAGAUCUCCUACCCACUCAAACCCUUCCUGCUGGAGGCCAGCCACAAUGCAUCCUGGGAGUCCAGCCACAAUGCAUCCUGGGAGUCCAGCCCCGAUGCAUCCUGGGAGUCCAGCCGCGAUGCAUUCUGGGAGAGAGUGCUGCAGCUGAUCGACCGGCUGAGUGCCGACAUGCUGCGGAUCAACGCUGAGCCGCACUUCUUCACAGAGGUGUUCCAGGAUCUGAAAAAAGAGGGACGAGAGAGAGAGAAGCAAGAGAAAGAGAGGAUGAAAGAGAGGGAGGAGAAAGAGGGGGAGAGGGAGAAAGAUGAAAUGAAAGAGAAGCAGGAGAGAGAGAAGGAGGAGGAGAAAGAGAACAAUGGAGGAAACAGCAUCGAUGAUCUGGAUCGUUAAGAGAGAAGAAAAGAGGAGACCGCAGUAUUUACACUGCUACGUUUCCCCCUGCUCUGGUGUUCCCCCCUCUC